AGAAAACAGAAAACAGAGAGAGAGAGAGAGAGAGAGAGAGAGAGAGAGAGAGAGAGAGAGAGAGUGGGAUUGCUUUGAUCCAAACAAUAAACAAAGCAAUAUUCCCUUUCCUGUCUUUCUUUCCUUCGUUCUUUCAUAUCCCAUUAUUUCUUUCAUUUUUCCCCUUAAUUUUUUCCUUUUUUUUUGUAAAACAAAAUAUAACACCCAAAGAAACAAAAAUGUCGAUCAAUAUGAAAACUUUGACCCAAGCCUUCGCCAAAACAGCUGCCGUCAUCGAGAAAACCGUACACACAACCGUGCAAUCAGCCGUACAAGAGGUUACAGGACCCAAGGCUCUUCAAGAUUACGAGCUUCUCCACCAGAUAGGUUCCGCCGGUCCUGGCCUUGCAUGGAAGUUGUAUUCCGCCAAGGCGCGUGACGGGACGCAUCCCCAUCAGUAUCCCACGGUUUGCGUGUGGGUUUUGGACAAGAAGGCGAUGUCUAAGGCGCGAGCGUGCGCGGGGUUGUCUAAGGCGGUGGAGGAUUCGUUUUUUAAUUUGAUACGGGCGGAUGCGGUGAGGUUGGUGAGGCUGAGGCAUCCCGGAGUGGUCCAUGUUGUACAGGCUUUGGAUGAGAAUAAGAAUGCCAUGGCUAUGGUUACGGAACCUUUGUUUGCAUCGGUGGCUAAUGCGCUUGGGAAUGUUGAUAAUGUUGCCAAGGUUCCUAAGGAACUCAAAGAGAUCGAAAUGGGUUUGGUGGAAGUCAAACAUGGUUUGCUUCAGAUUGCAGAAUGCUUGAAUUUUCUUCAUAACAAUGCACGUAUUGUUCAUCGGGCUAUAUCACCUGAGAAUGUCCUGAUUACGUCAAGUGGAGCCUGGAAGUUUGGUGGGUUUGGUUUUGCUACCUCAACGGAUAAAGCCUCUGGUGAUUGUGCUAAUGUGCAGGCCUUCCAUUAUGGCGAAUAUGAUACUGAAGAUUCUGUGAUGCCUCUUCAGCCAUCAUUGAAUUACACUGCACCUGAACUGGUUUGUAGUAAAGCAUCUUCAGCUGGAUGUUCUUCUGACAUUUUCAGUUUUGGAUGCCUUGCCUACCAUUUAAUUGCUCGAAAGCCUUUGUUCGCCUGCCACAACAAUGUCAAAACGUAUAUGAAUACGUUGACAUACUUACCCAAUGAAGCCUUCUCCUCUAUUCCACAAGAAUUAAUCCAUGACUUACAGAGGAUGCUUUCUGCAAAUGAAUCUGUCAGGCCAUCAGCACUGGAUUUUACUGGUUCUCCUUUUCUCCGGGAUGACACUAGGUUGCGUGCUCUUCGCUUCCUUGACCACUUGCUAGAAAAGGAUAACAUGCAGAAAUCUGAGUUUUUAAAAGCUUUAUCUGACAUGUGGAAAGAUUUUGACCCCCGUGUGUUGCGAUAUAAGGUACUUCCACCUCUUUGUGCAGAACUAAGGAAUUUGGUUAUGCAGCCAUUGAUUUUGCCGAUGGUUCUCAUGAUUGCAGAGUCACAGGAUAAAAAUGAUUUCAAGUUAGUUACUUCACCCGUUCUUAUGCCUGUUCUGAGCAAUGCUGCAGGAGAGGCCAUGUUGUUGCUGUUGAAGAACGCAGAGCUUAUUAUCAACAAGACAAGCUCGGAGCACCUAGAAUCCCAUUUACUUCCCAUGUUUGUUCGAGCUUAUGAUGACAGUGAUUCUCGUAUACAAGAGGAAGUUUUGAGAAAAUCUGCAUUCUUUGCCAAGCAACUUGAUCUGCAGCUUGUGAAACAAGCCAUUCUGCCUCGUAUUCAUGGCUUAGCUCUUAAAACAACAGUUGCCGCGGUUAGAGUCAAUGCUUUGCUAUGCUUGGGAGAUUUAGUUCACACACUUGAUAAAGGUUCUGUCCAGGAUGUCUUGCAAACUAUUCAACAAUGCACGGCUGUUGAUCGUUCUGCCCCUACUCUUUUGUGUUCCCUGGGGGUUUCAAACUCAGUUCUCAAGAAGUAUGGAGUUGAGUUCACCGCAGAGCAUGUCCUCCCUUUACUCACACCUCUUCUCACUGCCCAACAGUUGAAUGUUCAGCAGUUUACCAAAUAUAUGCUCUUUGUCAAAGAUGUUCUCAGAAAGAUAGAAGAAAAGCGGGGUGUUAUUUCGACUGAUUCUGGAACUCCAGAUGUAAAACAUGCUGUCACUGCCAAUGGGCUUCAGUCUCAAGUGUUGAGCAAUUCAAGUGGAACUGUGGCUCCGGCAAAAAGCAGCCCAGCGUGGGAUGAAGCCUGGGGCUCUGCCCACAGAGGAGCUGCCAAUGCCACUGCCACUACCACUGCAGAUGGGAUUCAGUCUCAAGCUUUGAGCAACGCAAGUGGAACUGUGGCUCUGGCAAAAAGCAGCCCAGCAUGGGAUGAAGAGUGGGGCUCUGCCAACAGAGGAGCUGCCACUACCACUGCAGAUGGGAUUCAGUCUCAAGCCUUGAGCAACGCAAGUGGAACUGUGGCUCCUGCAAAAAGCAACCCAGAAUGGGAUGAAGAGUGGGGCUCUACCUCCAGCAGAGCUUCCAAUGCCACUACCACUACCGCCGCAGAUGGGCUUCAGUCUCAAGCCUUGAGCAACACAAGUGGAACUGUGGCUCUAGCAAAAAGCAGCCCAGCAUGGGAUGAAAACUGGGGCUCUACCACCAGCAGAGCUGCUAUUGCCAAUGCCACUACCACUGGAGAUGGGCUUCGGUCUCAAGCCUUCAGCAAUGCAAGUGGAACCGUGGCACCAGCGAAAAGCAGCUCAUCAUGGGAUGAAGACAGGGGCUCUACCAACAGAGGAGCUGCCAAUGCCACUGCAGGUGGGGUUCAGUCUCAAGCCUUGAGCAAUGCAAGUGAAACUGCGGCUCCAGCAAAAAGCUGCUCAGCAUGGGGUGAAGACGGAGACUCUACCAACCGAGGAGCUGCCACUGCCACUGCCCACCAGCCUUCAAAAGCCAACUUAUCUAUUCACUCUAAUUUGGGGGAUAAAUCAAGUGAACCAACACCUUGGCAAUCUCAUUCUCCCAUUAUGUCCGCUAUGUCUAGCCAGCAAAUGCAUGCGUCUUGCCCUGCAGUUGACACCGAGUGGCCUCCUGCUUCAUCAAGCAAUGGAACAUCAUCCCCAUCAAAUUUCGAUGAUUUAGAUCCUUUUGCAAACUGGCCUCCACGACCUAGUGCCUCGAACAGUUCUGGGACCUUGAACAAUGGCACAACCAUGGAACAGGCCACUAACAAGUCUGGAUCCAGUUCCAUCACAAGUAUCACAAACAACAUGAACUACCACACUGACAACAGCAAUUGGUCCUUCACCAACAACCAAAACUCAGGGCAGAUAUCACAUCCUAAUCACAGAAAUCCCACGAUAAAUGCAACAAUCCCGAACAAUGGGAAUCUCCAGAGCUCUAUGGGAUUCUUGAAACAGAACCAGGGGAUUUCAGUUCCGGUCAGUUCGAACAAUAAUCAGAAACCAGCAGAUCUUGGUUCUACAUUUGGUUCUAGCAAGUCAGCUCCAAGACUUGCACCGCCACCCUCAACUGCGGUCAGUAGAGGAGCAAAUUCAGCCUCAAGGGCUACUCAUGCCACACCUACAUCCCAACAGCCUUCUCUUUUGGAUUUAUUUUGAUAGGUGAGGGAUUUGGUGUUGUUAAAGCAAACACAAAGAAGUCAUUCUUUUGAAUGUGGUUUACAUAUGGCUAAAAUCCCACGUUGUACAGCAGACCUUUGGCCCUGAAACUAAAUUUAUUCAUCAUUGUUGAUGCCAUUGUUUUGUAGUUGUUAUGGGCUUGUUUGAAGAGGGGGCACCCAUUUUGUUAUAAUUUGUUUGCGUGUUAACUCUAUUAUUUCUUGAUAUAUGUUUUUUCAAAUAUACUGUUCAAACAUCUACCUGGUUUAAUUGGUAAUCAUGUACUAAAUCGUUUACAGCUAAUUUUGUAUACCGUAAAAACGAGUAGGUCCCAAUUCCUAUCAUCUAACAGAAUCUAUACUUAUUUGGGUAAAAUUGACUCUCACUUUGUUUUACUUUUUUCCGCCUGGGGGCUUUUUAGAAAUGUUUUAAAACUCGGUCAAUUGAUUUAACCGUCGCUACAAUAAUUAUUAAUUAAUUAAUUAAAAAUUCUAUUUUUUUACUGGUUUCAGGAGUUGGUUCAAAUUUUGUCUAGAUUAGUAUACUAGCUGAUUUUUUAUCGAACCAGUUCG